CGUAGAUCAGAUGUCGGCGCCUUUCACGUUGAGGAAAAUCGGUGUUCCGCCGAACUCAGCGAACCUGACGGAAGCUCGCCGCCGUGUUUUCGAUUUCUUCAGAGCUGCCUGUAGAUCCCUUCCUACCGUCAUGGACAUUUACAAUCUUCAGGAUGUCGUCGCGCCUUCUCAGCUCCGCUUUGCAAUCUCUGCUCAGAUUCGGAAUAACGCUCACAUCACCGACCCUAAGGUAAUUGAUCUUCUUCUAUUCAAGGGAAUGGAAGAGCUGACUGACAUCGUGGAUCACGCAAAGCAGCGUCACCACAUCAUCGGUCAAUACGUGGUCGGUGAAGGGCUCGUGCAGAACACCGGAAGCAAGGACCAAGGAAAGUCCGAUUUUCUCAAGAAUUUCUACACCAGCAACUACUUU